AUGGCCGGCGCCGUAAGGUCUCCCCGUCCAGAUCGCUUCCGCUAUCUACCAGCACGUCUCCCCUUCCCCCGGAUCUUCAAGCGGGGCUUGUUCCGCCGCAAUGCCGUCUACCUGACCUCGAUCUUCGGCGCUGCCUUCGCAUUCGAGCUGGCCUUUGACACUGCCUCCAACAAGAUCUGGGACUCCUUCAACCGCGGUCGCCAAUGGAAGGACAUCAAGUACCAGUACGUCAACAAGGCCGAGGAGGACGACGAGUAA